ACGUGCAGAUGCAGAGCAGAUAUGUAAUAUACACGGCGUUUAUUUUAAAUUUUUUAGUCAUUAGAGGUAAAGCCAAAUCCUUUACUGUAGAAAAGUUGCAUCGUUCGCCCUUCUAUUACUUUCGUUUUCAACUGUAAUGCAUUUUGUAAAAUAUAGUAUUUAAUCUGGGAAAACAUUUUUUAUUACGCUCAUGGAGCUUAAAUCGAAAAAUAAUAGUGACGAUGAAGCUUCUUGUGAAUUCGCCCAAGUUCCUGAAAAAUCGCAUAUAAACAACUUUCCGUAUGAAGUGCUUGAGCGUAUUUUAAGGCAUUUUUCAUUUGGAGAAAUCGCUAAACUUCGUUUAGUUUCAAAAAAGUUUAACAAAGUUUGUGGAGAUAUAUUGAAUGAUGAAUUUAAUCGCCUAAAGACUGCUGUUCAAGUUCGAUAUACUUAUGUUAAGUCACAAAUGCCAAGACGAGAAUCUUCUAGACGGAAACAUAUUCUUUGUCGAGAAAAUGAUAUUGUUGAGAUGGUACAUAUGAGACUGACAUUAUUAAAUCUCACUGUUGGAAAGCAUGUUGAAAGGAAUCAUUGUUGUUUUUUUGCUGGUGAAGUAUUAGAUGAAGUUAACAGACUGUUAAACUAUGUUCAGAAAACACUGUAUUUGAAUCGAGCAUUCAAAGUUACAGAUGAACUCUUUGAUCUCUCUACUAUGGCUGUUGAAUAUUUUAAAGAACAUAUUGAACCAUCUUUACCAGAGGUCAUUUAUUUUGCUGAUUUAAUGGGAAAUUCUUUUGCUAAUCCUUUUAAACCAAUUACAUGUACUGCAACAGAUGCAAAUAAAGUUUCUGGAAAUCAAGCAGAGACUACACCGUCCAUAAGUGAAUUAAAUGAUUCUUUAAAAAAUACUAGAAGAAUAGUAUACAGGAAUCGGAUGAGCAUAAAUACUAUGAAAACUUCUAUUAAAUCCCUUUAUCAAAACAUUGCUAAUUUAGAAAGCAUUGUUCAUCAAAUAAAGAGAGAGCAAAAUGAUUGCAAGGAAAUAGAUUUACCAAAAAAUUGUUUGAAUGAAAUAUUAUUUCAAUUAAAUCAGUGUAGCUUGAUGAUUGACUCAUUUAAAUCUCAGUUGACUAACAAUCAAAGAAAAAACAGAUUGUCUAAUGUUAAGCAAUCAGAAGUAUGCAAUUUAAAUUCAGAAACUGUUCACCCUUGCAAAAAUACAUGUGAAUCAUCAAACUGUUUGCAUGUUAGUCAUAACAGUAUUCCUUAUAAUUAUGAAGACAGUAAUUCAUCAUAUGCAUCAACAUCUCAGACUGUUUCAGAAAAUGCUGAUAAUAGUAAUGAUUGCCAUAAUGUAAGCCAAGAAAGUAUGGUUUCAACUUGUACAAAAACAAAUAUGUAUCAAAACAAAAGGAAAGAAAGUGAAAAUAUUACUGAAAACAUACUCAAGAAAAGAAAAGCUUGAUUAAUAAAAAGUAGCAUUUAUGUAUAUAUAUUGACAUGCAUAUCAUGAGAAUAAAAUAUUUGUAGAUUCUGAAUGAAUUUAAGACUUGUGCAUUGCUAAUACAAUUUUAAUUACUUGAACCUGGUUUAAUUUUUCUUCAACAAUUACAGAAAUAACUUAAAUUUUACUCAAUAACCAAGUAAGAAAUCCUCUGAUAGGCAAAGAAUGAACAUAUUAUGACAAAAAUGAAUUAAUAUAAAUACAGAUUGGAAUGGAUCUGAAAAUACUUUAUUGAAAAAAAUGGCCAAAAUCAUUGUGUUUAAGUGGGAAGUAAGUUUAUCUCCUAGGAUGCAGAUUUUGCAGGAAUUCAUAUUCAAUAUACAAAUGAUUGCUCACACAAUUGUUCAGGUAAAUAUAUCCAUUCUUCAGCAUGAAUCUUUCAUUAGCUCAAAAUCUUCCUGCAAAUAUUACCAAAGUACCCCACUCAAAGAAUUUCAGUAAUGUUCUCCAGGAUUUAAAUUGAUAUUCAGAUAGCUGCAUAACAACAAAAUUCUGAUGCCAUUGGGUUUUAUUUUCUAUAAAAUGAAACCCACAUCAAUGGUUGUUCCAAACAAAUACAUAUAAAAAAUAUUUUGUACAGAAAUUUCUGUAUUAAUGAUAUAGCUGGUGGAAAUGUCGUAUUUAUAAUAACUUUACGCAGAGAACAAGGCCAUUGUAAUGAUUUUAUUUUUAUAUGUGUUAUCCAUAUUAAAUCAGGUAGGUAUUGCCUUAUUAAAUAGGUUCCAGAAUUGUUCAAGGCAUUGUAGACUAUCAACAAUGCAUGAAAAUUUUGCCAUUAUUCAUGCAUUGUAUAACUGUAAAUUGCAUCUUUCGAGAAGAAUUAAAAAGUAUAGAAACAUCCAAUCCUCAAUCUAAAUAGGAUUGUUUUGAGAAAUGCAUCAUCUGAUAACCAUCAGUCGCUCACUCUCUCUUUUUUUUCUUAUAAAUUAACUGUUUGCAAUCUUGCUGGUAAAUAUCAAAUUCUUAGACAAUACUUGUAAAUAUUACGUCUCAUUGUAAUUUAUUAAUUAUGUUCUGUUUUGUUACAAAUACCUUCAGUAUUGCCCAUCAUUAAUUUUUUUUUUUUUUUUUUUGUAUUCAUAUAGCAGGUAUCUUAUUCAUUUUUGUAUUAGUAUGCUUUUCUUCAUCCUUUAAAUACAAAAUGCUACUUUUGUGUUUAAAUUUUGAUAUGUUACUGGAGUUAUGGCCCAAAUAUUGAUCUUUGUAUUUUACAGACUAGAAUAAAUUCCAAAUCAAGAUAUUGUGCUUGAUUAAUUUAGUAAAUUCAAAAAUUUUUAGGUUUAAAAUAUCUAAUAGAUGUUCUAAGAUAUGCAUUUAAAUAGGUUGAUUUAUCUUGUUGUAUAUAAAGUAUGCAAAGAUUUGAGUAUUUGUUCAUUUCUUGCCAAAUUGACUUAAAUCAUUUGCUAAA